AUGGACAUGGAUAUCUAAUUGGGCUAAAAAUGGCAAUGGAAAUGGAUAUCUAACUGGGCUUAAUCUCCAAACCCAAAUGUCAAACAUUUGCCCAGACAAGAACCACCACCACCACCACAAAAAAAAAAAAACUCCGCUCCUCUAAACCCCUAACACUGUGUCAUUUCAAGCAAACCAAUAGCUAAAACCUCCGGCGGCGGCGGCGGCAGAGAUGGUGAACAAACCAUGGAGAGUUAUACCAAGACCACUACUAGAAACCAUCUUAAACAACCACGCCCACCACCACCGUGUCCCUCAGCCUCUCAUUCUCCACGGCCCCCGUGGCUCCGGCAAAACCACCCUAAUUCUCGAACGUCUUCUAAAUAAUUGGAAUCAAGGUCCACACAUCACAGGCUACGUAGAUUUUGCACAGUCAAUCAAAGAUCACCACCCAGAUCAUAACAGUUCAUUUCCAUGGGCGUCUUGGUUUACUUGUGAGUCUCCAGCUCUGUCUAAUUGUAAAACCCAGCUCGAAACUUGUCUUGAAUCCAUGGCUUAUAAGGGUGUUAAGCUUGGUGUUAUCACUUCUAAUCAAAUUUUUACUACUCUUAAGAAAUGGCACAGUCUCGAUACCGCUCUUCGCAGAAUUAUACUCGAGAAGGGUAAUAAGAUUGCGUCGAGAUCGAGAAACGGGGUUUCUGAUAAGGCUUCGGGGUCGGUGCUCUGGGACCGGGCGGUGUUUACGCUGUCUGUUCGAUCAAACGUCGAAGAGAUUGAUGGGAUUUUGGAGUUGGAGGGGAAUGGCAGGAGUUUGAGUUUAGAAGAGAGUUCGUAUUUUCGGGAUUCGAUUGUGGCGUUGAGAUUGGCUAAGGAGGUUAUUAAUGUGCAGCAAGGUUGGAGAGCUAAUGCCAUUGCUCAUUUGAAUGGGACUGGUGGGUUUUCUAGGUCUUUAGCGAAUUCGUGUACUGAUUGGCCUUGUUUAUUGAUUGAGUUGCUGUCUCAGGCUGCUGAGAUUGACUACUUUCAGCCGAAGCUGGUUAUAAACAAUAUUGAAGUUCUUAAAAAUGCGAUUUUAACAGAUGAUUCAACAGUGUCUGGAGCCAUGUAUCAUGACAGUUUAAUAUGGAGAAUUAUUGCCCUGGGUGCAAAUGAGAGGUGUCUGCCAGUUAUGCUUGUCACGUCUGAUAGCUACUACUCAUAUCAGGCCUUCAUGGAUUUUGGAUUUCCUGACGUAUUCAUCUCUCGUGAGACCUCUGGAUGGACUUCGCAGGAAGCUAAAAUGCAUAUGGUUACUGACUACUUCAGUCCUUCAGAAUGGACGAUGAUUGUUGAGGUGCUAGGGCCAAAUCCUCGUCAUCUCUUUGAGCUUUAUGCACUCAAGCAGAGCAACUAUUACCAUAAGGUACUGGAUGACAAGGGUAGCACAUUUGAGGACAUCAUAGAUGCAUAUUUGGCUUAUCUGCAGGUCAGCGUGGUGAAUCCUGCCAUGGAAAAAGCUCUUGAAAUCCUGCACAAGUUUGCUGAAGAUGCAAGAAAUGGAAAAAUUCCAAAAGAUAGAUUACGUUUUGGUGCUCCUUGGAGGCACCCUCCAAAGCGAGAUGAACCUAUUCUUUACUCGCAAUGGGCGAAGCUUCAACUAAUGGAUUUUGUUCAAUCUCUAGCAAAUACAGAAUUUGGGGUUAAUUAUCUAGCUGACUGCAGCCUUGAGAUCUUCGAUGAUCCUUGUAUUCCUGCAUUGUUAGAGGUGGGUUUGCUUUACGCGCAACGUGAUCCAUCCUUCAUUCGCCCUGUAUCUAGAGGCAUCCAGAGAUGUCUUGUGAGAUGGCUUGUGCAGGAGAGGAUGUCCAUGAGUUCCUGGGAUCUGCUUCAGUUUAUGUGGCAGCGGAUUAUACGUGGACGUAGCUAUCGCCAUCUGAUGCUAGAAGUGGGUUAUAAUAAAUAAAUCAAACAAAAGCAUGCGCUUCACCUAAGUUGGAAUUUAGCUCAUACAAGUGGCAAUAAAUGUCCAUAAAUCACUGAAUAUAUGCUAGAAGUGGGAUAACUUCUGUUUUGACAUUAGAAUGGAACCUGGAACUAAAUGGUUAGUUUUGACUGGAAGCACUUGUUUGGAACAUUUGGCUCUGAUCUGAGGUGGUAGAGGAUGUUAAUGCAAUUAUACUACAAGGUCGCUGAUCAUCUGCUGCAGCACAAAGUGAACAGAAGAUGAUCAGCAAAUGCUGCUUUGAAGGAAAAAAUUUAUUACCGUUGCUCUGGAAAAAAGGCCUCUAGGCUUCGAAUGGCUCUGAAGACUCGGAAGUUAUUGACGUUAAGAAGCAUUAUUUUUUGGCACUUGAAGAUGAUGAUUAUUUACAGAAAGAGGUUAGUACAGUCAGCAAUUGCUCAAGGAUCUCUUUCAUUUGAUCUAUUUAUGACUUCCUUGUGGCCGACGAUGAUUCAUUUAAUGUUAUAAAGCAAGAACAAGCUAUCGAUUUAUUUUAAAAGAAAACUAUCAAUUAAAUGCCUGUUCAUUCGUAAUAAUACUUCUACCAGGCAAUUAGAGUUUUUCUAUGACAAAAAAUUCUGACAUAGCUUUACAUGUAUACAUCAAUCUGCAUAUAAUAGCUUAAUUGGAAGAAAAUGUUGGCUAUGUAAGUUGAUAUUUCUAGUGAUUCAUAAGUGUUUGUUUUCCUUCGAUUC